CUCACCAGGCGUGAUGUGCGCGCGAGUGAACGUCAGCUAAAUACCGGGGAGAUUACAAUGGCUGGGGUGUCCAUGCUGAUCGAAGAAGCGAAUAUUCAAGUGAAUGACGUGUUUCUGGAUGCUGGAUCCGGCGUGGGAAAUGUUCUCGCUCAAAUCGCUCUGCAAACGCAAGCAUUUCGUGUGGUUGGUAUUGAGAUCCAACGUGACCUGGCCGCUAGAGGUAUGGAGCUGAUACCGUCUAGGGCAUCGCGCUUUCCACACUUGCUCAAGAUCAGCGUCGUCACCGCAGACAUCCGCAAUAUUGCUGAAGGCAGCGAUACUGUUAUCAAUGCUGAUCCAGACUCGAAGUUGGCUCAACCCAGCUCCCUUAUCAGCUCCGCCACCCUUUUAUUUUGCCACGACACUGUGUUCGAAGAAGAUGUGGUUUUGGCAAUGCGUGCUUUGUGCAUGAAGCUACCUCAUCAACGUCUGGUGGCGCUAGCAACACGAGUGUGUCUGCGGCAUCGUAAUACGUGCCGAAAUUCGUUUUGCAAGCGGUGGAAGUUACUGAAAACAAUUCAGGUUCGGAUGACUUACAGCAGCUCCCUUCGGGAUUUACACCUGUAC